AUGGUUGAUUGGGAUAUGCUACAAAUAGAGGAAAAACAAGAUGAGGAAGGAAGGAUACAAAUAAUCACCGAUGACCAAUUGUAUUUGUUGUUGGGAUUGAGGGAUGAGGAUGAAAAGGCAGAGGAAGCUAGACAGAAUGCAGCCAAAGCAAGUGCUGAAGGAGUCCCUGUUGUGGAUGGUACUCAUGGUGCAGCCAUCCCCGUUGAUGAUGCUAUCCCAGAGGAGAGGGUGAUGGUGUAUGACAAGAAUAACCCUUGCAUGGAUCUUGGCUCUAAGUACCCUAACAUGAAGGAAUUUCGAUUGGCUAUGAGACAAUUUGCUAUGAACAAGGAAUUCGAAUUGGGAAUCGAGAGAACUGAUCCAAGUAGAUAUAGAGGGUACUGCAAAGGUGAUGGUUGCUGUUGGCGCAUUGUUGGCCGCGUGCAGUCUGACAACAAGACUAUUAUGGUUACUGUAGUGAUGGAUGGUCACACAUGUACAUCUAGUAGCCGCAGGAAGACUACUACACCUACAAGUGCCUGGGUUGCUGAUAAGGCUAUUCCAAUUCUUAGAAAGAGUCCCAAUAUGGGUGCUAAAGAGUUACAGAGCAGACUGCAGGAUGAUCACAAAUGCACCAUUGCAUAUGACACAGUGUGGAAGGGAAAAGAGAAAGCUUUGCAGGAGUUGUAUGGUAGUUGGGAAGAGAGUUUUCAACAGUUGUACAAUUGGAAGGCAGAGGUAUUGAAGAGGUCACCAAGUAGUGUGAUUGAGAUUGACACCAAGGAGGUUGAUGACAGGGUUUAUUUUCAUAGGUUUUUUUGUGCUCUUGGCCCCUGCAUUGAGGGUUUCUUAGGAGGAUGUAGACCAUACCUGAGUAUAGAUUCCACUGCAUUGAAUGAAAGGUGGAAUGGGCAUUUAGCUUCAGCAUGUGGUCUAGAUGGCCAUAAUUGGAUGUAUCCUCUUGCUUUUGGCUUCAUGGUCUCUGAAACAGAGGAUAACUGGACUUGGUUUAUGAGGCAGUUGCAUAAGGCGAUAGGAGAUCUUCCACUGCUUGCUAUUUGUACAGAUGUUUGCAAAGGAUUAGAGAAUGCUGUGAAAGAGGUGUUCCCUCGUGCUGAACAAAGGGAGUGCUUCAGGCAUCUUAUGCAGAAUUUCAUCAAGAGAUUCAGUGGUGACACCUUUCAACAAAUGUAUCCUGCAGCUAGGGCGUAUAGGGAGGACGUGUUUCAGCAGCACUUGACCACUAUUAUGUCAAGUACACCUGAGGUGUAUGACUGGCUGAGCAGGCACCAUUCAUUGCUGUGGAUGAGAUGUGCCUUCAACCCGGCUAUCAAGUGUGAUUAUGUCACUAACAAUUUAGCUGAGUGUUUCAACAACUGGAUCUCGGACAUAAAGGAUCUUCCUGUCACUGAGCUUGUUGACAAGUUGAGGGAGAUGAUAAUGAUUCUGUGGGAAAAGAGGAGAAGGAUCGGAGAAAGGUUGCAUGGCAAGAUACUACCAGCAAUCCUACAUCAACUGAAGGCAAGGACUAGAGGAUUAGGACACUUGACAGUUGUGAAAGCUGACAGUAAUGCUGCACAAGUGUGGGACAAUAGCAACAAGCAGGCUAGUCAUGUUGUAAAGUCACAUGAACAUGAGUGUACAUGUCUUGAGUGGCAGCACACUGGAAAGCCCUGUCAGCAUGCUUUGGCCUUCAUAACAACACAACAAGCUAGGAAUGUGAAGAUGGAGAACUUUGUUGAUGACUACUACUCGUUGGACAAGUUCAAGGAAGCAUAUAAGAGAUUGAUAGAGCCACUUUCGGACAAGUCACAAUGGCCAAAUGUGGAGCUGCCAUUUGAAUUGGGUGCACCUCUUGCCAAAAGGAAUGUUGGAAGACAAAGAAAAAAGAGGAUCAAAGGCUGCCUUGAAGGUGGUAGCAAGUCAGGUGGCAAGUCAAAGCAAAAGGAAGAUGGUGAAGGACCACAGAAAAGGAUGAUUAGAGGGCCUGUCAAGUGUAACAGAUGUGCUGGAUUGGGUCAUAGAGAGUCUAGCUACAAAUGCCCUCUUAACGGAACCAAGAAAAGAAAGAGGAAGCCUAGGAAGAGUAGAAGCAAAGGCUCCACAGGUCAAGUAUUAACACCAAAUCGGCCUCCGAACACUAGGGAAUCAAUUCUGCAAGAAAGCCCGGGAAUGGUGACAAGAAGGCGCCUAGCUAUGUUGAUGAUGGGUGAAGGUGCCUCCAAUCAAUCCACCAUGACCUCCUCACCUCCAUCUAAUAAGUCUCCACCAAAGAAGAUGACUCCAAAAAAGAAGAGGAACUAG